AUGUACCUCCCGCGUCCAUUGAUCUCGCACCUCUAUACAAACCUCAUCCGCUCCCACCACCCUCUUUCCCCUCCUGUCCUGCUUCUGGUCGCCCUCGAACCUGAUUCAUUAUGCGCGUGUCGCAUCCUCACCGCGCUUCUCAAGCGCGACUACAUCCCUCACAAGAUACAGCCUGUCUCGGGAUAUGCAGAUCUGUCCAAGGCUGGCGAAGAUCUGGUGCGGCCCAUGAAGACUACAGAAGGCGGUAGUGGUGGCCUCGUCAUCUGCCUCGGUGUUGGCGGACUUGUUGAUCUAGGAGCUAUUCUAGGCUUGGAGGACGAAGAGUCGAAUGAGACAAUGUGCGGAGUCGAAGUGUGGGUGCUGGAUGCAAGAAGACCGUAUAACCUGGACAAUGUCUUUGGCGGCCAACCGAUUGAAGCUCCCUUGGGCGAUAUUGCCAACGAGACAAGGCCGCGCGCUCGGGGAGUGGAGAAAGGAUGCAUUCAAAAAUCAUACAAGUCCGGCAAGGGCGGUAUCAUAGUCUUUGAUGAUGGCGAUAUUGCAGGCGACUUGGACACGGAGAGAAACGCGUAUUGUGCGCUAGCAGAAAUGCCGCAAGUCGACGGAGAUGAAAGCGAUGGUGACGAAGAAGACGGAGGUCACGACAGCGCGUCAUCCAGAAAACGAAAGUCUUGGUCUGAUCGCGACAACGAAGACGACGACAGCGAAGAAGAUGAAGAGAGACCACGGCAACGGCGAAGGAGUAACUCGGGAUCAUCUAUUGCGUCCCCCCGGAGCAGGAGCCCCUCGUCUUCCCAACCGGUGUCACCAGCGUCUAAAGCACAGUCCCCGAAACCUCAAACAGCAGUACAGCUACGUAGACGAUUACGAAAGUUACGAGAAGAACACGAAUCGGUGCUCCGGCAAUACAGCACUCUAGGCACUUCCUACUCCGAGCCAGUCUCGACACUGGCCUAUUCUCUGGCGUCAGACCUGGGACGUGAAGACAAUGACAUAUUGUGGCUUGCCAUCAUUGGCGUCACUUCGCUCGAGCUGUCUGGCCACACAUCUACUGGUCUUGGGACAUCUGUUUCGAGAACCAUGACCCUUCCGCAUGAGCAACAUAGAGGAUGGCGGACCACACGUUCUUCGCAAACCUAUGCCCUGCUCCGCGACGAGGUCAGAAGGUUGAAUCCCCCGCCCGCAGACCAAUCGCCAGCAAUAUCUCCCGUUACUGGCGGCACAAGUUCACCCAGCGACACCUCCAUUCGGCUGACACCAGAUCCCCGAUUUCUUCUCCUGAGGCACUGGUCUCUGUACGACAGCAUGCUGCAUUCACCAUACCUUGCUUCUCGAUUACAUGUCUGGAAUGAAUCGGGCAUCAAGCGACUUCACAAACUUCUUGCGAAGAUGGGGGUCUCCUUGACUCAAUGCAGACAGACAUAUACGCACAUGGAUAUGGAUUUGAAGAAAACCCUCCGGGACCGUCUUCUGAAAUAUGCUGGCGUGUAUGGCCUGGACGGUCUCGUCCCGUCUGGCUCAGGGCGAGCAACCUACGAACAAGAAGGGUGGGGUUUCAUCCGCUCCUGGGGCUGGAAAGCACAACUCUCGGCCGUUGACGUGGGCGUCAUUCUGGGAGCGAUACUCGACGUCGGCACAAGUCACGCACCCACUGCUUCGGCAGCGUCGUCGUUGUCGACAUCAUAUGCAGCUUCUUCACAACAAACGAGCGCCUCCGAUGACAUUCCAGAGCGCUCGGAAACGCUUCUGCCACGCUUCUUCGCCGCUUACGACGCCCUCGCACCAAACCACCCCAGCCAUCUCCUCGCCGCCAUUCCAGCAGCGCAGCAUCUACUACGAUCAAUCCUCCGCACAGGCUCUUCCUUGCUGAUGAAACACCAGAUCCGCCAUUUGCGUGCGUUUCGUAUGGGCGUUGUCAAAGAAGGACCUGAUUUAGCCCUUUUUGCAAACAGUCCCGGGGCAUUGGUAAAGUUGGCGUUAUGGGUCGGUGAGGCAAUUGCGGUGAGUGAAAGGGACAAAGGUGGCACAGAAGCACCAACGCCAUUGGUUCUUGCCGCUUUGGAUGAGGCAAGAGGGACGUACGUGGUUGUUGGCACGGGCGGAGGGAUUGGUGGCGGUGAAGAUAUCGAAAGCAGGAAGGAGAAGGAGGAACGAAGGAAGAAAAGAGAGGAAGAAAGGGAGAAGAAGAGGAAAAUCAAAGAGGAAAAGAGAGCGGCACGGAAGGCUCAAAGAGAAUUACUGGGCGAGGACUCUGAUGCCGAGGAAGAAGAUACGGAAUCAGAGUCGGAGCCUGAUUCGGAGUCGGACGACGACCAAGAAGACGAAGCAGAACAAGAAAGGAAACGCAAGAGAGGAUAUGGGCACAAUCGGUUUGGGAUUGCCUUCCAAGAGGUUGUCGAGGAGACAAAUGCACGGGUCAAGAUCGAUUCCUUUGAUCAUUGUAUUGUAGAGGUGAAAAAGGAGGAUCUGGCGGGGUUUUUGGAAGGGUUAAGCCUGAAGGCUGUUGUUGGCCGAUGA